AUGAAGAAUCCUGCUAUCCUCUUCCGCCUCACCUGCUAUCCUUUUCGGCCUAACCACCUAUCCUUUUCGGUCUCACCUGAUAUCCUCUUCCGCCACACCUGCUAUCCUCUUCCGCCUCACCGGCUAUCUUCUUCCGCUUCACCUGCUAUCAUCUUCCGUCUCACCUGCUAUCCUCUUCCGCCGCACCUUCUAUCUUCUUCCGCCUCACCUGAUAUCAUCUUCCGCCUCACCUGCUAUCCUCUUCUGCCUCACCUGCUAUCCUCUUCCUCUGUAGCUGCUAUCCUCUUCCGCUUCCCUGUGUGUCCUCUUUCGCCUCACCUGCCAUCCUCUUCCGCCUCACCAGCUAUCCUCUUCUGCCUUAUCUACUAUCCUCUUCCGCCUCACCUGCUAUCCUCUUCCGCCUCACCAGCUAUCCUCUUCUGCCUCAUCUACUAUCCUCUUCCGCCUCACCUGAUAUCCUCUUCUGCCUCAUCUGCUAUCCUCUUCUGCCUCACCUACUAUCCUCUUCCGCCUCACCUAUGA